UUAGACAUAAACAUACAAAUCAUCUCUAUUCGAUCUGAAUAAUUUUUUCACUUCAGUCUCUACGGGAUGCACGUGAACAUGAUGAUGGCCUCCUCAUGGAGCAAUCAAAUAAAGCUGUUCCUUGGAGCGUUUCUGCCUUCAGGCUUCGUCAUGGACUAUGCUCAAGAAAAAAAAUUUUACCCAUUGUCUGAGUUAUUCAGUUUUGUACUCAGAGAAACAGGAUACCUGCAUAUCCAAGCGACAAAGCCAGACACAAUAGGUGUUGCCCUGAAUUCGUCGCCAGUGGGUUUAGCGGCCUACAUACUCGAGAAGUUCAGCACUGCCACCAACAAGUCUUACGUGUACCACAAGAAUGGGGGGCUCCUCGAGCCUGACUUCCCUAUUCCUCUGGACGCUGUGCUCGAUGACAUCUCUCUCUACUGGUUCACGGGUUGCAUCACAAGCAGCAUGCGUCUCUAUGCAGAGUCUUUCAAUCCGUCGUCCCUGUCAUUGAGCGUUAAGAACAUCCCCACGAAGGUACCUGCUGGAGUAGCAGCGUUUGCCAACGAGAUCAUGGUCGUGCCUGAGAAUUUGGCCAAGCAGAAGCUCCGAAAUAUUGUCUCUUACUCCAUUUUUGACGUGGGCGGACAUUUUGCGGCUAUGGAAGUGCCUGAAGUCUUGGCAGACGAUUUCUUCAAGUUUGUGAGCAUCGUUGAGAGGCAAAUUCUGCAACAAAAAUAAAAGUUAAACAUGGCUACGAAACCCUCAGUUUUAGUUACUGCAUAAACCAUUUUAGUCAUUAACUGUUCGUUAUUUGAUUCACGAUUUGCAAAUGAAAAUAUUUUUGAUGUUGAAUUAAAUGGCAAAAUAACCUCAACGGUCAAGCUAGAGUGUGUGAUACCAUGAUCAUCAAACAUGUUAUAUAUUAAAUUUAAAUAUUGAUCAACUGGACUCAAAUUAUGAUGAUUUUUUACCCUGUUUUUGGUAAUUAAGCAACAAAUUUGCAUCUCUUCUUGAAUGCACUGAAACUUUAGUCUAUUUGUCUCAUAGAAAUCACUUUAAUAAUACCAAAUUUGAUUUUUUUAACUACAUGUAUUAAACAAUCUAUUUUUACUCAUCAAUAAAUCUAUCAAUAAUAGGACGAGCGAUUAUGAAAUUCAGAGCACUCAAUUUCCAUUAAAAUUUUAAUAUAUUAUUAUAUAAUUAUUUUUAAUAUACAAGUAAAUGUAAUAAUUCCAAUUUUUAGGAUAAUAGAAGCAGACAAAUUCCCAAAUGUCAAUUUAAUUGGAUAUUUUGUUACGUGCUGGUCAAUACAAACCUGCAACCCCAACUAUAUAUGUCGGAAAAAGUGUCAUAUUUUUACUUUAAUGUUGAUUUAAUUUUCCUCGUACUGCGUGACAGUGAAUUGUGUUGAAUCGUUCAUGUACCAGUAAGACCGUUAUUAUAUGACAAGCUGGAUGCCGCACUUUGCAUGGAAAUGUACAAGCGGAAUAGCCAAACAGAAAUUUUAAUUAGUUUCGCUGAAAAAAAUUCAGAUGCCGCGAAAAGCUGGCUUCGUAGUAUUUGCCGGUCAUUUUUUAUUCCUGGUGAAAGCUUAUAUUUGUUACUGUUCAGUGAUUGUAAUAGCAUGACUAUCAUUAAUAAUGACUGCAAAUGAUUUUUGAUUGUAAUGAUUGUCAUUAAUAAUAAUUGGAUUUUUUUAUUUUUAUUGAAACAUUUAUUUAAACAUUGUAUUUAUUGCAGUGGUUUGGCUGCAAAUUUGAAAAAAAGAACAAUAGCAAU